GAUUUUCAUUUCAUAUAUCAAGUCAACUCAAAACAUAAAACAACGUCGUCUGUCGUCUCGUUCAGUGUUUGACCAUCUUUUCUCUCUUAAUGAACUCUGAAAAAAAAAAUAAAAUAAGAAAUUUACAGAAAAAGAGAAGAAAAUACACACACACACAAAGCCAAAGUAUAUAAGAAAAUAUUUUGUUAAAAGAGGAAAAAUAGAACGAAAAAUUUUCUUUUAAUUUUCAUUUCAUUUUCAUCCAAAAUAAAAAUUAUUGUGGUGCAAAAAUUAAUAAAAUUGUGCUAAAAAAAUAAUAAAAAAUUGAAAAAUAAUGAAAAAUUAUUGAUAAAAAAAUUUAAAAAAUCAAAAAUAAUAAUCAAGGUUGAAAAAAAGUGUAAAAAAAAAUUUUUUUUCGGAUUAAAUUUGCAACUUUAAAAGCAACUGUUUGGCGGCGAGACAACGAGAGACACCGAGCACAAAAAUAAACUUUUUACGUUAAAUUUUUCCUUCAGUUUUUCUGUUGUGUUUUUUUUUAUUGUUUGUUGUUUCGUUUCACGUAAUUUUCCUGCACACCAUAGCACAGCGCACCAACGACGAACAACAAUAAUAAUUUUAUUGCGGCAAUCCAUUACUUAAUCUAAAGGAAUUUUUUCGUUUUUUGGAGUGUUUUUAAAAUAUGACUGCGACGAUUAUGGCAAAUGACAUGCCGUUUGAUCCAGUCCUUUCAAAACUCAUUUCGUCCCUAAAUGAUGCGGAAACCCUAUCUGGCGAAUCAGAUUUAUUGUUUUUACGUACCUUAUUGCAAUCCAAGGAGCUAAAUGCACUCGUGACUGUACAUGGAAAAGUUGCCAAAAUCGGAAAAGAUGAUCGACUUGCGCCUGUUUUGUCGGAUUCGAUGCAGGUUGCAUUAGAAGUGCUUGAACUACUUGCACCCCGUUGUCUUAUCUCACCGUUAUGUAGAGAAAUAUUUCACUUGCUUCAAACGCCGCAUUUACAAAGUCUCUUAUGUGCUCACGAUGCAAUCGCUCAAAAGGAUUUCUACCCACAUUUGCCAGAAAUCCCAGUAGAAGUCGACGAGACAGAACCAACGGUCAAAAUUGUCCAACUAGUCAAAAGCAAUGAACCACUUGAGCACACAACCAGUGCAGAACCCAUAGUAGGUGCCACAAUUAAAACAGAAGAAGAAACGGGUAAAAUUGUAAUUGCCCGCAUUAUGCAUGGGGGCGCUGCUGAUCGUUCGGGAUUAAUUCACGUUGGCGACGAGGUUAUUGAAGUAAAUGGCAUUAAUGUUGAAGGAAAGACUCCCGGAGAUGUCCUUCAAAUAUUGCAAAAUAGUGAAGGCACGAUAACAUUUAAGCUCGUACCUUCGGAUUCGCGCAUCGGUCAACGUGAAAGUAAAGUUCGUGUCAAAGCCUAUUUCGACUACAAUCCUGAAAAUGAUCCGUAUAUUCCGUGCAAAGAAGCUGGUUUGGGCUUCCAAAAGGGCGAUGUACUUCACAUUGUGUCGCAAGAUGACGCUUAUUGGUGGCAGGCACGCAAAGAAACCGAAAAAACAGCACGUGCUGGCUUAAUUCCAAGUCGAGCGUUGCAAGAACGUCGCAUUAUCCACGAAAGAAAUCAAAUUCAAACAAAUGGAGAAUCAAAACAAAAUGACGACUUUGAUCGUGAGCUGAUCGCAACGUAUGACGAAGUAGCCAAAUUAUAUCCGCGUCCCGGAAGUUAUCGACCAAUUGUGUUGAUUGGACCGCCAGGCGUUGGUCGAAACGAGCUGAAAAGGCGAUUGAUAGCGAGAGAUCCCGAAAAAUAUCGCAGUCCCGUGCCAUAUACAACGCGCCCCGCUCGCCCCUAUGAAGUGCCCGGACGCGAAUAUCUCUUUGUAACACGCGAAAAAAUGGAAGCUGACAUCGAUGCCGGCAAAUUUAUCGAGCAUGGCGAGUUCAGGGGACAUCUUUACGGAACGUCAGCUGACAGUGUCAAGUCGAUCAUUCAUGCGGGCUGCGUUUGUGUCAUUUCGCCGCAUUACACGGGCCUGAAGGCAUUACGUACGCCGCAACUGAAACCCUUCGUGAUUCACAUUAAGACGCCGCCAUUGGAGGAACUCAAGGAAACACGAACACAAUCAAAGGCGAGAUCGACAUUUGAUGAGACGUGCUCGAGGUCCUUCACGGAUGAGGAAUUCGAAGACAUGCUAAAACACGACAAACGCAUCGAAUUCUUGUACGGACAUUAUUUUGACGACGAAAUCGUAAAUGGCGACUUGGCAACUAGCUUAGAAAAACUAAUAAAAAUUGUAAAUAGAGCGGAAACGGAGCCAAAUUGGGCUCCCGUAGCUUGGGUGCAAUAAAAAAAAAGUUUCAAUAACAAAAAAAAAAACAAGGGGAUAAAAAUAAGUUUUUGUGCGUUAAAAAAUUAUAUAUGAAAAAAUACGGGAAAUUUAGCUAUAUUGCUUUAAAAAAAAUAAAUUAAAAUAAAAAAGACAGUUAUCCAAUUAAAAACAUUUAACAAAAAAAAAAUAAAUAAAUAUAUCACAAAAUAAAAAAAAAUAUAUUUCGUAAUAAAUAAAUCCCAAUAAUUUUUUUGAUCGAUCUGUGUAUAAAAUAAAAACUGAUAAAAUUUAGAGACAAACUACUGCCUUUAAUAACUUUAAUAAAAAAAAUAAAACCCCUAAAAUUACCAUUUCCAUGAUGAUAUACAAAUGAAAAUUUAGGCCAAAUCAGAUCAAAAAUCACUUUCUUAUAUAGAACAUGAAAACACAUACACACGUUACA